UGCUGGCGUCAUGAAGUGUUCCUCAAACAUCUCUGACAUUCCGAUACAGACAUCAAACCCUCAUCAUCCACAGGACUGAGCUCCAAACUCCUGACGCUUCUUACAGCAGAACCAUCAUGAUGUUGGAAAUCUACCUGGUAAUGACAGUUGCUGCCAGUGCUGUUUCUCAAGAGGCAGAAGAGCCUGUAUCAUAUACGCAGUGCACAGAAGGCUAUGAAUAUGAUCCCAUUAAAGAGGUAUGCAAAGAUAUUGAUGAGUGUGCCAUUGUCUCUGAUGCCUGCAAAGGAGGUAUGAAGUGCAUAAACCACUAUGGCGGCUACCUCUGCCUCCCUCAGAAUGCCCAGAUUUUUGUCACUAAUGGAGACGAAUCAUCCCAGCGCACAGACCCUAUUCCCCAAACCCCCCUUAACCCGCUGAACCCCACUAACCCACAGACCCCUCAAACUCGCACCCAGUCAAACCAUAGAGGUGUAGCAGCUGGAGCCAAACAGUGCUUGCUGGGCUUUACCUUGGAUGAGCAAAACUACUGCCACGAUGUAGAUGAAUGCUCUCAAAGCCUACACACCUGCAAUGCAGACCAGAUCUGCUAUAACACCAGAGGCUCCUACACCUGUCAGUGUAAUCCUGGAUACCAGAAACAUGGAGAACAAUGUGUGGAUAGAAAUGAAUGUAUGCUAUCACACUACUGCAUGCACAGAUGUGUGAACACUGCUGGCUCUUAUUACUGUGAGUGUAAAGAUGGCUACCAGCUCGCCAGCAACAACCACAGCUGUGUAGAUGUGAAUGAGUGUGAUCAGACUCAGCCGUGCCAACAUCAGUGUUUCAACCUCCUGGGCUCAUAUGUCUGUCAGUGUGAUCAGGGUUAUGAACUCGCGCCGGAUUCAGUCUCAUGUGUGGACAUCAAUGAGUGUGACACAGGCCACGAGUGUAGGGAAGAUGAGAUGUGCUGGAACUAUUACGGAGGUCAUCGCUGUUACCCUCAGAACCCGUGUCUGGAGCCUUACGUGCUGACGUCGGAAAACCGGUGUUCGUGCCAGUCUGCGGGUGCAUGUCGAGGCCUGUCGCAGUCUAUUGUUUACAAAUACAUGAGCAUUCAUUCAGAGCGCAGCGUACCAGCAGAUAUCUUCCAGAUUCAAGCCACAAACAUCUUCCCCAGUGCACACUACACCUUCAGGAUUAGAGCUGGCAAUGAUGGAGGAGAGUUCUUCCUUAGGCGGUUCAGCAGCGUUGGUGCGAUGCUGGUCUUGACCAAGUCCCUGGAGGGCCCACAGGAGCUGAUCGUUGAUCUGGAGAUGAUCACUCAACACACAGUGAUGAACUAUCGCUCAAGCUCUUUGCUACGGCUCACCAUCAUCGUGGGACCCUACCCCUUCUAACACUACUGCUGCUUCACACAUUUAUACACACCCAGACUGCUUGCAUUAAAGCUACACGCAGCGACGCUGAGAUGUUAUGAACUGCUGACUGUUCUAAUGUGUCUUUGACUUGCAGUCAUACAAAAAAGAACCUGAAUCUUAUUCAUAUUAUGCCACUAAAAUGGUUGCCAAUGUGACAAAAAAUAACAUUUUAUAUUGCUAAUUUCCAAUCUAAAAACUUUAUUGGUUUUGUCGUAUUUCAUCAUCGUCUGAGGCCGAGUCGCAGAGGAGAUGGUGUAGAGAGGAUACUGAGUGUGAUCAACCACUGAGAAGUAUUCAUCAACAGAAUAGAAUGGAUGCUUUUGAAUGAAUUUCUACUGUAUAUGAAGGAUGGGUGAUUGUUAGUCACACUCAAGUACAGCACGGUUACCAAAAGCAUCAUCUUAUCGUGAGUUUAUUCACAUUUGCAAGUACGAGUUCUGCUUGCUGUCAGAGUUUGUCAGUUAAAAAACUGGGGACACGAUAGGUUUGAGAACAAACGUCUCAAACGGUUAGACAGCCUCGGCGUCAUAAACGGAAUAACACGACUGGUGCCAUGCUUCCAUAUAAAUGACACGCUUUUCCAUUACUAAACUAUAACCAUUACUAAAAAUGACCAGUUAUGUUCUGUAACAGUUUCAUGUCAAAUAUAAAUUGGGAGUCUUUUUUAAUCAGAAAUUUGUCAGCACAUUAACGGAAACUCAUCAAGCCACAUCACAGGAAGUUCACAUUUUUAAAUCCUUCAACAAUUGGCACCUUUUAAUUCCAUUGUAAUCUUUCUCUCUCUCCUUUUUUUUUGCAUCAAAAUUCUUUAGUUUGAUUGUAAUCAACAUUAUGCUACAAAUGCUUAAUUUUGCAAUUUUAAACCUUGCCUGACUGACAGCCUUUUUAAACAUGUUUUUAUCAGAAGCAUGUCAGUAAUAAUGGUGUGUUUGGUCUGUUCAGAGUGAAAUAACCUCAAAAGUGAAAGGAGAUUAGAUUUAAUUGCAAGUUGUAGGGCAGCUCUUAAAUGGAGUGUAUAAGCGGUUAUGCAUAAAUUUGUAAUAAUGAUCUUGACAACAACAAAAAAAGUGACUGCAGUUGAUUCCUAAAUAAAUUUGAAUUCUCCGUUGUCUUUUUUAAGUCUGGAGCCUUGCUAAUUUAAGAACAAGCAUUUACUCAGUGCCAUGUCUUUAUUAAAUGUUCCUGCAAUUGUUUGCACUUUCAUUGAUUGAAUUCAUUGAUGUGAAGGUGUACGUGACUGAACGACUCUACUGUAUAACAGCUUUCUCGCUGACUAUUGCUUAACUGUUGUCAGCAGACAGUAGUGUUUUGGCACAGGAAUGUUGAGUCAUCUACCUAAAUUUUUUAAUUUUUUUUGAAGGGGCACAAUUUUUGGAGUCCUUCUUUCUAACCCUAACCUGCAAAUUUUGGUCACUAAUAGAUAUAAAACAAUGGUCAAGCACAAAUUUGAGAUCUUUCAGCUGAUGUGUAUUUUGUCAGUAAACAUAGAAAGUGAAAGCGGUGACCUCCGGCAUCUUAAAAGUUUGUCAAAACAUUUGUGUAUGGGUAUCGUAUGUUGGUUUAGUUGCAUUGCUAACCUAUGUUUUGCACUGAUGACAUGAAAAUAACCUGAUUCUGGCUUUGCAAUUUCUCAUAAUUCAUCUGCUUUCAAAUAAAUAGGCUUCAGCCUGACAUUACUCUCCAGCUGAAACACAGAUAUCUCAGAGCUUUUAACAAGGAUGAAAAAAUACAUUAAUAUCCUGUUAUGGAACUUUUUGGUCUUUAAUAAAAAUUGAUUUUCAAUUGUUGACCAUCAUUAUUUGUAUGCUGAACAAAAACAGUUCAAAAU